AUGGCGGCGGAGAACGAGGCGGAGCUGAGCCUUUUAGAGUGCCGGGUGUGCUUCGAACGGUACGGGCCCGGAGGGCAGCGGCGGCCUCGGAACCUGCCCUGCGGUCACGUCCUCUGCCAGGCUUGCGUUGGGGCCCUGAGCGGUUCGGGGAGCCGGGGGCUGGAGUGUCCUUUCUGCCGGCGGGCCUGCCGCGCCGCCGAGACCAGCGACUGCCUGCCGCUGCUGCAGCUGCUGGAGGUGCUGGGCCCAGCCGCCGGCGGUGGCGGCGUCCCCUCGGCCUUGGGGAGGAGCGGAGGGGCCGAAGGGCCGCUCGCCGCGGGCCUGGGGCUCCGGCUGUCCCUGGGGGGCUGGGGGUCGUUGGUGAACCCCACCGGGGUGGCGGCCUGCCGGAGGUCGGGGCGUCUGGCGGUGGCACACGACGGCAAGAAGAGGAUCCACGUCUUCGGGCCGAGCGGGGGAUGCCUGUGGCGGUUCGGGGAACGGGGGGACGCCGGCAACGACAUCAAGUACCCGCUUGACGUGACGGUCACGUCGGACGGGCACGUGGUGGUCACCGACGGCGGGGACCGCUCCGUGAAGGCCUUUGAUUUUGAGGGAAGGGGGGUCCUGGCUGUCCGGGAAGGCUUCCGUUUGCCCUGGGGCUUGGAUGCCACCCCCGAGGGCGAAGUAAUCCUGACGGACUCGGAGGCGGGUGCUCUCUACCGCUUGACGGCCGACUUCAAGAUGGGGAGAUUAAAGAAGUGUGGGAUGAUCCGGUCUCAGCUCGUCAGCCCAAGAGGGGUUGCUGUCUGCCAGACCUCGGGUGCUAUCGCGGUCAUAGAGCACCUGAAAGCUCAGGGGCUGAACAGCGGCAGCACCCGAGUGAAGAUAUUCAGUGCAGAGAUGGAUCUCGUUGGUCAGGUGGAUAGCUUCGGUCUGAACCUCGUUUUCCCCUCCAGAAUAUAUGCUACGGCUGUGGCCUUUGACAAAGAGGGUCGCGUUAUAGUAACGGAUGUCUGUAGCCAGGCCGUGAUAUGCUUAGGCAAUCCCAAGGAGUUUCCCAUCUUUAACCCUCUAAUUAGCCACGGGCUUUCUUAUCCUGUAGGACUGACUUGCACGGCAAACGAUUCCCUUGUCGUUUUAGACAGUGGCGAUCAUUCAGUAAAAAUAUAUAGCUCCACCUGAAUGGGUUUAGAUGCUUACUGCUGUAGGUUCAAGCUGCUUUUGGCCAUAAAGCAUGCAAAGUUCUGCUGUUAGUAGGCGUGUAGGGAGGAAGCAUUGUUUGGGCUGUACGUUAAGCGAAAUUGCCCUCUUUGAGCAAUGCGCUGUGCUUCAUGGAAAGCUUACAUCGAAUUUUUUGCCUAUCCGCAGAGGAAGACCUGGCCGUUGCAGGCCAUAGUCAACAAUGAAUCAAACAAACAAAUAAUUUGGCAUUUUAGAACUGUUCCGUACCUUGACAGCCAAACGUUUUUGGUGCUUUUUGACAAGUAAUAACGAGGACGCUUGGAAUUGAGUAAUCAAAGACUGGCACCUGGGAGAGAAAGUGAUGCAUCGUUUGUUUACGUUUCCCAGAGCGUAGUUUUCAUUAUUCUUUGUUAAGCACAGAUUCACUCAUGAGAGUGACAGAGUUUCUGUUUCCAGGAUUUUGGCACGAGAAGGGAGACUGGCUUGAUGAAAUGAUAGGAGAAAUGGAAGCUUCAGUUCAAGGUCACCUGAAUCCAGCUAAGAUCAUUGCGAUGGAGGAGCUACCACUGAUGAGAACGUUUCACCUUGAUGGAGACGUGGCUGCGCCUGCCUCGGGGACAUUGGCUGUAAUCGUUCACCUCUGAUCCCAGAGUGUGAUCUACUCUCGGGCACCCAGGCUGGGUGUGGAGGCAGAACUCCUCCUCUUCUCCAGCUCCUGUGACACGAGAUGAAGUUAGAUGUGCCAGUGACAGCGUGCACCAGUCAGGCACAGCAAGAUAUGUGCUGGGGAUGCUGCUGACAAGAUGGAUAUUCUUGGCAGACACCGUGACAUUUCUCCCUGCCCUUCACCCAAGAAAGGAGGUCAGUGGAACACUCUGCCCUACCGGCGGGGCUUCAGGCAUCAACCCUGGGCGCACAGCGUCGCUCUCCCGUUUACAUGUCAUAAAGCAGAGCAAUCAAUCUUCCUGCUCAGAAUAUAUGGGAAGACAUGGGCAUGCCUUCAUGUCAAAUCACAUUAUGCCUUCGGAAGACAAGGAGCAGUUGGAACUUCCCAUCAGACUGAAGUAAAGAGCGAUAUUUUCUUUACGCUCUUUGCUGAGCUGUGGAUCAGUGGACAAAUGUAUGGAAAUGCUGAAAGGGAAGAAACAAAAAUGACACAGAUGGAAAGCAAGAGACCGACAAAGAUUCAAUCCUGGCCCUAGUAAAGCUGCAAAAUUCCUGUUGACUGCAGUGGUGCAGAACCAGAACAAAAUAGGGGGUGGAAGAAAGCAGGGACAGGGAAAGGAAAUCAGAGAAGGAUGGCUUCAGAUGAUUUUAUCCCCGUGUUCCCAACCUUGUUCCCCUCACCCACCAUCAGUCUCCACUUUCUCCAGCUCUCAUCUUUUCUCGUUGCUGAAGCAGUAAGCUGUCAUUUCUCAUCUGGUAUCUCCCAUCCAUCCAUCAGCAUGUCUGGGAUAGCUGGCAGCUAAUUCUGAUGGGUGAACAACCCAUCAGUAUCCCUUGCCAGUUCCCAUGGGGCAUGUAAACUGAUCAAGCUAACAAAUGCAGACAUGCUCAUCCACAGUUGCUACCGGUAGCAAAGACGAAGAUGUAAAGGGUUCCAUAUGGUAGCUGUGUUCAGUGAGGAGAUACAAUGCCAGAAGAGAAACAUCUCAUCUGCCUGAAUUGCACUCACUUCCCACCAGUCCUUCACACAUUGCUCUUUGGGCUACCUAACGAUCUCAUGGGGCCACUAUAACGUAACUCUCUUCGUAUUCCGCCGUAAUGCCAAAGGUUUAGUGGAGACCAGAAAUAUAUUCUGCUACAUGCAUACUGCCUAAUAGAUGGUGCCAGGUCAUGGUACAGAUGUUGCCAAAAGCCCUUCCUCAAGAGGACAGAAAAACUUGGUGGAACCAGUAUCUCAUUCUU